GAGGCCAUAAAACACAGUACGAACGCUGGGAAAUUGCUCCAUAUUGGGCCGACUGUUCCGUAGCUUCAUGCUUCGGAUGAGAGGCAGCACAAAUACCAGGGUGGUCUGAUUAACCUUUUCUAGAAGGGUAUAUUUAAAUACCACUUUUAUUCAAAUAGAAGGACAUAUAUUUGCGAAACUUGGCGUUUUCAAACCUUUAAAAAUCAACGGAAAAGGCGUAGAAUUGGCUAUCUAGCUCUAGCAGACCGUGUGGUGUGCCUUUAAGAAGGUUCACCACCCCCAACUGAACGUAGUACCAGAGCACAGUAUUCGCGGUAGCUACGUCCGUUGUUUUUUUCUCUCGACGUUUUUUGUCUCUUCAUUAUCAUCUCACAUCCCAUUUUAUCUGAUCUGCUUGUUGAGCCUAAAGGAGGCAAGAUGGCAGAGAAAGGAGUCACUGCAGGGAAACUGGCAAGCAAUGUACAGAAGAAAUUAACCAGAGCGCAGGAAAAGGUUCUACAGAAGCUUGGUAAAGCAGAUGAGACCAAGGAUGUGGCGUUUGAGGAAGGCGUGAUUAACUUCAACAAGCAGCUGGUAGAGGGCUCCAAGCUGCAGAAAGACCUGAGAGCUUACCUGGCAGCAGUCAAAGCAAUGCAGGAGUCAUCCAAGCGUCUGCAGGAUUGUCUGGUGGACAUGUAUGAGCCAGAAUGGAACGGCAAGGAGGACGUGGACUCCAUAGUAGAGGACACUGACCUCCUCUGGACAGACUUCCAUCAGAAACUUGUGGACCACGCCCUGAUCUCCAUGGAUACGUACCUGGGCCAGUUCCCGGAUAUUAAGGCACGCAUCGCCAAGCGAGACAGGAAGCUGGUGGAUUUUGACAGCGCGCGACAUCACUUCGCUUCCCUGCAGAAGGGCAAGAAGAAAGACGAGGUCAAGAUGGCGAAGCCGGUCUCGCUCCUGGAGAAAGCGGCUCCUGGCUGGGCUCAGGGCAUUCUGUCAGCCCACCAUGUCGCUCAAACUAACCUGUCAAGAAACCAGGUGACUGCAGAGGAAGAAUUGGGCAGAGCUCAGAAGGUGUUUGAGGAAAUCAAUGUGGACUUGCAGGAGGAGCUUCCAUCUCUGUGGAACAGUCGCGUUGGCUUCUAUGUUAACACAUUCCAGAGUGUUGCUGGUCUGGAGGAAAAGUUCCACAGAGAGAUGGGAAAGCUGAACCAGAACCUAAAUGAUUGCUUGACCAAACUGGAAGACGACAACCAAACUGGACAAGCAGGUACAGUGGAUGUGAAGACAGCCGGAUCAGUGAAGAGUGUGAAGCCACAGGAGGCCGCCAAUCACAGCCUCUCUCCUGCAGGAGGGUCAGCACCAGCCAUUCCAAAAUCUCCGUCCAAGCUGAGGCCUGGCCCGCCCGUGCCCCCCCCGCCCAAAGUCACCCCGUCCAAAGACCUCAAACAGGAAAACAUCAUCAACCUGUUUGAUGACGCGUUUGUGCCCGAGAUAAAUGUAACGACCCCCUCGCAGGCCGAUGCACCUGCGGGCGGGAAUCUUCUGGACAUGGAUAUGGACUCACUGCAACCGGCUGCCAGUCCAGGGGGCGUGGCCACAUCCCCAGCUUCGCAGGUGACUUCCUGGGACGCGUGGGAGGCAGACACUACUGUAGCAGCAGCCACCACUGCAGGAACAGACUCUAAUCCCGCCCCCCCUGCAGUGCCAGAGGCAGGGGCGUCCAAUGGCUCCCCAGAGGCAGCAGAGAUGCCCCCGGGGUUCCUUUUCAAAGUUAUGGCAAUGCAUGAUUAUGUAGCCAAUGAUUCGGAUGAGCUGGAGAUGAAAGCUGGGGAAGUUGUGUUGGUCGUGAGCUUCGACAACCCUGAAGAACAGGAUGACGGCUGGCUGAUGGGGCUGAAGGAGGCCCACUGGCUGCAGAGCAAAGACGCCAGCCCCAAAGGAGUGUUCCCCGAGAACUUCACCCAGAGGCUGUGAACCGCACAGCAACGCGGUCAGCGCCCUUCCCCACCCUCCUCCUCCUCCUCCUCGCCCCUCUCCUUCCUCCGACACAACCAGUCUGGCGGACGUUGGACACGAAGAAGCAAAGCUGCAUCAUCGGCUGCCACCACAGCGAACCCAAACAUGCAGCGUGUGUGCUGGUGAAGUGAUUCAGGUCGUGUGUCGAGAGUUGUUGUCGGUGGCGGUGGUGCGUUCGUUGUCGUGUUUAUUUAUUUUGUGCUCGUUUUAUAAAUUGCCCUGAAAGUGGCCCAGGCAGGUUUUGUGCCACGUUGAGCCUCUCAGCAAGUGUAUCAGUAGAUCCUCCUCACAGGUACAGUCAGACCUUCCUUCCCCCUCCUCCGACUGUGUUACUUAAGAUCGGAAAAGUAUUUACGUUUUGAAACCUUCUGCUCUCCGCCAGUGUUCUUGCUGUACACCUGCCUCGCUCGCUCACCCUUGACCCCCUGACCCUGGGGUCAGCAAUAAAAAAAGACCACGCCAUCACCCACACCCUUCCACCAGACCUGUCUCUGUACCCCAACCCGGCAGUCCAGGCCCGAACCCCAGAACCUUUUACACCUGACUGAGCUCCAGAGUAUCCAAACUCUUCGCCUUCUGUUCCAUUCACCCCAGGGGGUGUUUCCACAUUGAACAAGAAACUAAACUACAACAACGACGACUUGAAAUAAAUACAGCCCACAUUCUGGGUUUUAGUUGCGUAUAUGAGAGUGAAUGGAAGUGCACUGAACGAAAUUGUUUGAACACUAUUUAAAAGUAAUACUGUAAAAAAAAAAGGGAGGUUUUGAACAUCCACUGGAGGAACGUUGCAUGAUGUUCUAUGGUGACGUAGUUUGUGAAAGAAUUGAGAACUGUAAUGUAACUGUGUGGAUUAACCUCUGGGCUUUUCUUCAUGUCACUGAUGUCAAAAUGUGUUUACCCUGUGAGCUGCUGGUACAGACAGGAUGCAGUCAGAGCAGCGCUGGCUAUGCUAAGUCCCUCUUGGCAGUUGUGCUUUUCUCUAAGCUUGAUUAAUACGACUCUCACUACUAAGGUUCUGUGUUCUGGGGCCAACUGCAGUUUAGAAUAAGUGUUCCUAAGUCAGGUAAUGUGUCGUGCUCUAUAUAUUUUACAGCAUAUCAGAGUUUAUGUUUUAUCUUUUAAAAGGCCAGUUAUUUCUGUUCGUGGCAUUAGGUGAAUUGGGAAGCCCUCCAGCGAAGUCUUUAAAGGGACAGCUGUUGCAGGCGGCCAUGCUUUCCCAAGGCAAAGAGAUCUGAAGUGCAAGGUGAAAAGAACCCCUCUCGAUGUUCAGGCUGCCAUUUUGGUUCAUACCUUAAAGUACAAAACAGGUCCGACUCCAUGUCCUCCCCUGACUCAGUGUGAGAAUCCGGGUUGCCAGGUGUUGUAAAUUGUUUCUCCUUCUGCGGAGUCAUAGUUUGUGCCUACCCUUCCCACCUCCAGAAUCUUCCAGCCAACGAGGUUCCAUCUGUUCGAAAAAACCUGGAAUUUAAGAAAAGGGGAGAUUUUCACUCUAGAUAAUAAGUCAUGUAUUAUGCUAAAAAUGUGAGUAUAAUGAUGAAUGAGGUUGGCUUAAACUUUCGUGGUAAUAGUCUUUUGUUUGUGCACCAGAAAACUUGAAAUAGUUCUUUUUUGUUAUUGUUUUUUUUUUUUUUUUUUAAACCUGGAGGUGAAGAAAUUCUCUAACUUCUAUAUUUACUGUAAAAACCCAUUUCCUCUCCCACAGGGCUGGCAGUGUGUGAAUAAAUGUGCAGUGAGUAAGACUGGCAGCCUUACCAUUUGCUGAGAAAGAAUCCAGAAGCUCUUCUGAGCACAAGCCCCUGCAAAAGGGAGUUGCGGCUUGGAACAGAUACGAAAUGUGUAUCAGAUUUAUGCAACAGAGUUUUGAUAGUUUUAUUUUUGUAUGUUUUUUGACUGUGAAACUGGACCGGGCGCGGUGCUUGUGACGUGGGGGAGUGCUUCAGUGCUGAAUCCCUUCCUUCUUCUUUUUUUGUUUGCCCUGGAACUGGACCGUGUGUGUUGCAGCAUUAGAUGUGUGAUGUCAUCCCUGACCCUCUCCUGGAGCCAGCUGUCACGCUAUGUCGUUUCUGUUGUUGCCACAGAAACAGGAAAUGAGAAUUCCUGUGCUGCAGGGCUCGCUCUCAGCCUCCUGCUGGAAAUGGAGAAUCACUGUGCGGUGCAGAGGGUGUGAGAGCGUGAGUGUGUGUGUGUGUUUGUGUACGCAUGUGCGUAUACUGUGUGUGGUUCUGUGCGAGUGUGUCUGAUUGUGUAUACUGUGUGUGGUUCUGUAUGUGUCCUUAACUGAUAUAGCAGCUCUUUUCCCUUUCCCUGUUUCUCUCGGUGUAUUUAGCUUAGCUUAGCUACCUGCUGACAAGCAGAAGAGAUUUGGGUUCCUUUUAACUCCAGAGUGAUUGAGACGGGCCCAGGCAUUGGUACUGGCUCUGUUAGAAUUGGUUUAGGGGAGCUCUGCACUUGGUCCAAGCCCGGUAAAAAAAAAAAGCCAGUACACGUGGUGAUGUCAUUGCUCUGAUGCAUUUGUGAUGUUUCGUUGUGGUCGAUCACGUCAUAUUAUUGUGCGUACAUAAUCUCUAAUGCACACACAUCCCCGUCUCUGGGCGUGUGUGGAGGGGUGGGUGGCCAGUGUUCGGAGCAUGCAGAAUUCUGUGUCUGUGUACAUGUGCCGCGUGCGGCUGUUUCUCGGGCUGGAGCGACAGCAACCUCACCCUCUUCUCUCGGUGACCCGUGAGCGUCUGUCGUUUCGUCCUGUGAUCAGCUGUCCAAUCGGCGAAAAUAAACUUUUAUCCAAAACAUCCCAAAA